AGUGUAAUGACAUUCUACGCUAAAACAUAGGCUACCUUUUGGAAAAUCGUUUAUGUUUCAAUGACAACCACAACGCACUAAUAUUUUCCAUAGACAGUAAAAUAAAUUAUUAGAUAUUUUCAGGGUCACUUUAAUGCGAAACAGGAAACUCGUGAUUAUUCAUGUAUGCUCCGCCCAAUGACACACCAAAUAUCUUCAGUAACCGAAAAUUUCAGAACACCGGGUGGUUUGAAGCACUGGCUCGCAUUGGACCGACAGUGGAAACAUUGACUAUUAUCAGCUAUUAUUGACUAGAGUGGCCGUGAUCAGCUCCGGUAGCCGCGUCGGAGCCGUAAAGCGCUGCAGACCCGUACAGUGGAAAUCAGGGGUUAGAAUACAUCCCUCCAAAUGAUGUGAUUGGUUUCUGACUAGAUGUGCAGAUUGACUGUUUGUCGAUGGGUGCUUCUCAAAUGGAAGGCUGCAUCUUACGAAGGCAGCAAAUCUUGCCUGCCGCAUCAUCAAACUUCACUGAAGGCCAUCUCGAUGUGAAGGAUCCUUGGAAGGCAGCCUUCGUUUUGCAUCCUUCAUUCAGCUGAAUUUGAAGGAUGCAUGGGGAUGUAUCCUCCAUGUACAACAGCCCUCAAUGAAUCUGGAAGCAUUACCAUUACUAAUACUGUCCAGUGCAUGGCAGCAUACCCUCAUUUAAGUUUAUUGUAAGUAGCCUAAGCCGUGUAGCUAAUAGUGAAUUAUAAACUUCACUUUAAUUAUUGUGUAUAUUUAGAUAGUUACUUUUAAAAUAAUGCUGCUGUUUGUUUAUGUGUUUUAUUGAAAUGUUUUAGUUUUCAUAUAGAAAAAUAUAUGAUGCCCAUGUUCAUGACUUUGGAAUAAUCAUUUAUUUUGAAUCUUGCGAUUAAAGUAUAUUUCAUAUUAAAUGCCCAGAAGUUUCUAACAUUAUUUUUAAAAUCACAAACAGGAAAUAACUCGCAUAAUACAGUGAAAUUAAUAAUUAUCCACAUUAAUUACACAAGAUUAAUAUUUUAAAAAUUAUUAAUAUAUAAUUAUAAAACGCAUACAGGCAUAAAGCAUGACUUAUCGUGUGUAAUAAAAGCAAAUUAUCCCUUAAAAGCCGUAAAGUGGAUCUACUCUGUUAAGAACAAAGGCUCUGUGGCUGUGCCGCCCUCAGCAGCUAACGUCAGAUGCAGUGUUCUCUGCGUCCAUCUUCAUUACUGUACGGAAAUUGUAUGGAUGGAUUAAACUGAUAGAUUAAACUGAACGAGAUGCUUCUUUCCGUGACACCGCUGCAUGGGCUAAUUCUCUUUUCCUCAGUCUUCGUUCAAAUAGCAGGUGUAAAAGUUAUUGGUCAUGAUACAGCAGUCGUAUAUGGAGAAAAUGCCACAUUGUUGUGUCAGCUGACUGAGACUCAUCAAAAUGCUGAUGUAACUCGUAUUAUAUGGAAGAAGAAGACACAAGAAAAUGCUGAAGAGAAGACCUUCUUUUCCAUUCGCCCAGGUCCCAAAACUGAAUACUCAAAUGGAUUGGGGGACAGAGUACAAUUCAUUGGGAACUUUACAGAGAAAAAUGGAUCAAUCCAGCUACUUAGAAUUGGGCUUCUGGAUGAUGGGAUCUAUACAUGCAUCUUCAACUUAUUUACUGUUGGGACAUUUGAGACUGACAUCAAUGUCACAGUUUUUGCUCGUCCUUCAAAUAAUGUAAGAGGAGAGGUGCCUGUUGCUGGUUUUACAGAGGCCACCUUGGUGUCAUGUUUUGCCUCUAAUGCAAAGCCUGCAGCAGAAGUGAUAUGGAGAUUAGGAGAUCUAGAAAACUCUCUGAAGACUAAUACCAACUAUACAAUGAACUCAGAUGGGACUGUUACUGUUGUAUCCUACCUACUUGGUGUCCCAUUCAAACAUUUAAACAAGAAGAAUGUCCAGUGUGUGGUCAAACACAACACAGUGAGAGAUGAACUUGUGUUGAACUACACAAUAAACAUCCACUAUCCACCAGAUUCAGUUGUUAUCAUUCCUGACAGUCCAACAAACAUUAAGGAAUUCCAGUGUAAAGUGGAUAGUAACCCAGAACCAACCAACUACAAUUGGACUCGAGUGAAUAAAAGUGAUCCAUUUUAUGAAGGUAAAAAGCUUCCUGUACCAAAUCUGACCCCUGACUUUAAUGGCUUGUACAUCUGUCAUGCUUCAAACCAGUAUGGAAGUUCAACAGGAUCUCUCUAUGUGAAUGUUCAUAAUGAAACCAACGCCGUCUGUUGGAGUCUGUUCUGUGUUUUCAUCGCUGCUUUUCUUGGUGCUGUAUUCCUAUUUGUGUUCAUAUGGAAACAUAAACCGGAAUGGAUUCAAGUAUUACAGAGUUCCAAUGAUGAAAGAGAUUAGGGUGAUGAAGAACUUCAAUCCAGAUGAUCAGACUGGUGAUUAAUUAAGCAGUGUCGACAAGUUUCAACUAGUUUUGGCUAUGAUUUGACUAGAUUUAAGAAGAAAUUAGGCUGAUUUGCUGAACUGAAUAUUUCUUUCGCAAACCGGAUAUCCAGGCUUUGUUUUGAACUCUCUCUCAUAACAGACCCGGAAGAGAAGACAAUGCUGAAUAAAGUCGUCGUUUUUGCUAUUUUUGGACCAAAAUGUAUUUUCGAUGUCACAUGGACUACUUUGAUGAUGUUUUUCUUACCUUUCUGGACUUGGACAGUAUACCAUACACACAACUUCAAUGGAAAGACUGAGAUCUCUCGGACUAAAUCUAAAAUAUCUUAAACUGUGUUCCAAAGAUAAACGGAGGUUUUACAGGUUUGAAACAACAUGAGGGUAAGUGAUUAAUUACAUAAUUUUGCUAUCUGGGUGAACUAACCCUUUAAGGAACAGGUGGGGGGUAAUAACACAAAGAUUUAAUCAAAAUAGGACAGUUUGUAGGCAUAAGUGACCCCAUCAAAGACUGCCAACCUCAAAGAUCCUUAAGAGGCAAUUAUGGAGAGUUUAGUAAUCUAUCCAUGCAUUUAAACUGUUGUGACAUAUGGAGACUAAAAUAUCCACAGCAAAUCCAGUUCACUUGGACUAACAAAGAUUUAUCUAAGAGAUCCAGGAUUGACUUCUGGCUUAUUUCAAAUGAGUUGUCAGACAAUGUGGAAGAAACCAAAAUACAGCCCUCAAUAUUUUCGGAUCAUAAUAUGAUCACUUUAGUAAUAUGUAUAAGGGGUCAAUCAAUAAAAUAUAAACCAAACUAUUGGAAAUUAAAUAAUAUACUUUUGAGUGAUAAAAGCUUCAUUGAAAAAGCCAAAACAUUUUUGACAACGAAAAUUUGAUAGAAGCAAAAAAAUACAGAAUAUAUGGAAAAUAUUGGGAGUAUACAAAAUUUCAAAUUCGUAAUAUGGCCAUUGAGAGGGCAAAAGAAUUAUCUAAGGAAAAAAGAAUGAGACAAAAUAGAAUACUCAAGGGAAUCAUUUCUAUUUUUGAAAAAAAACGAGCAAUCACAAGCUGACAUUAAUACUGUAUUUGAAUUACAAGCUGAAUUGGACAGUAUCUAUCAAAAUUUGGCACAGGGAGCCUUUAUUCGAUCUAGGCGGAAAUGGAUAGAGCAUGGUGAAAGGAAUACGAAGUAUUUUCAUAAUUUAGAAAAAAGAAAUGUUAGUGUUAACAGUAUAUAUAAACUUAAAAUUAAUGAUCAGAUCUCUGAAGAUCCCUCAAAAAUUUCUAAUUUUGUGGAAGAUUUUUAUAUAAAACUAUAUUCCAAACAUAACAGUUGUCAGAGCUCAUAUUUCCUCUCAUGUAUAUAAAGUGUGGCUCAAGGUAUUGAUAAAACUCAGAAGGACAUUUGUGAUCAAGACAUAUCCCUAGAAGAACUUAAAAAGAACAUUAGUAAAUUAAAAGAUAAUAAAUCCCCAGGGAAUGAUGGCCUAACAGGUGAAUUUUAUAAAGCAUUUCAAGAUUACAUCUCUGAAUUCUUAUUAUUAGUUUUUAAGGAGGCUAUACAAACCUGUAGGCUUCCCCCAACUAUGUGUCAAGGCUUAAUUACAUUGUUACCUAAACCCAAUAAGGAUCGUUUGCUUCUUGACAAUUGGAGGCCUAUAACUUUAAUUAAUAAUGAUGCAAAAUUGCUGGCUCAUAUUUUUGCGCAAAGAAUAAAGUUAUGCUUAGAUACAAUAAUAGAUGACAGUCAGUCUGGUUUUAUGCAAGGACGCCAUAUUAGUAACAAUAUUCGAUUAAUCUUAGAUCUAAUCGAUUAUAAGGAUUUAAUAACUGAUAAUAGUUACAUUCUAUUUAUAGAUAUAUACAAAGCCUUUGAUACUGUGACACAUGAUUUUUUAUUUGAUGUUUUAGAUUUUUUUGGUUUUGGUCAAUACUUUAAAAGGGCAAUACUAACUUUAUAUAGUGAUUGCAAUAGUUCAGUUAAACUUCCAUGGGGAACUACUCGUAGAUUUAGCAUCUCCCGGGGCAUAAAACAAGGAGAUCCGGCGGCUCCUUUCUUGUUUCUUCUGGUCAUGCAAACUAUGGCUUUAUAUAUAAAUAAUGACUUGUUUCAAGGUAUCAAAAUUAUGGAAAAAGAAAUUAAAUGUUGUCAGCUAGCUGAUGAUACUGCUAUUUUUUUUAAAGACAUUUCACAGGUUAAAAAAGUUAUAGAGUGUCUCAAUAUAUUUUCUAAAGCUUCAGGAUUAUCUUUAAAUGUUAAAAAAUGUACUCUUUUUCCACUUAAAGACAAUGAUACUCCUUUAACUGAAUUUGAAGGUAUUCCAGUUAGAGAGGAAGUUACGUACCUUGGUAUCAAUAUCUGUAAAAAUCAAUCAGACAGAGUGCAAUCAAAUUUCCAACCCCUUAUAGUGAAAACCAAAAAGAGAUUUGAUAUGUGGCUCAUGAGGGAUUUAUCACUCAAAGGUAGAGUUCUUUUGUCCAAAACUGAGGGGCUGUCUCGUUUAGUCUAUCCUGCAAAGGUGUUAGAUGCACCAAAAUCUUGUAUUAAAAAAUUGAUUCAACAUUAUUCAACUUUAUAUGGAAAAACAAGUCACACUAUUUAAAUAAAAAUAUUUUAUGUAAUUCUUAUAAUCAAGGAGGUUUAAAUGUGCUUGAUUUUGAUACUUCUAAUACAAUCUUCAAAUUGAACUGGAUUAAACACUAUAUUAAGCAUACUGAUAAACUAUGGUAUAUCAUUCCGAAUCUUAUUUUUGAAAAAGUUGGUGGUAUAGAGUUUGAGGUUAACAAGCUCCCCUUUCAGCUAUCCAAUUUUCAUAGACAGGCUCUUUUAUGUUGGCUUCUUAUAUACAAACAUAACUUCUCCCCUCACAAACAGUUAAUUUGGAAUAAUAAAAUUGUUAAAUAUAAGAAUAAAUCAAUCUUCUAUGACAAUUGGAUUAAAAACGAUAUUCUAAUGGUCUCACAACUGAUGAAUAAUGAGGGUUACUUACUAACAUAUACUGAAUUUUUAAACAUAUUUAGGAUUCCAAUAACUCCAAGGGAGUAUAGUAUUGUCUUUGAUGCAAUUCCAGAAGGUUUAUUGAGACUCUUGAGAGGUAGUAGUGAACCUCAUAAGCAAUCAAUAAAUAAAAAACAGGUCUUGUUAAACGGAGUUGAUAUAAAAGAUAGUAAAUGUAAUAAUAAGUUCUUUAGAUGCUUGGUUCACUUCCCUGCUACGCCCCGAAAUAAAUAUUUUUGGAAUGAACACUUUGGAAAUAUUAAUUGGAGAUUGAUUUGGACUUAUAAUAAUAAAUACUGUAUUAAUAAUAAAGUUUUUGAAAUAUACUUUAAAAUUAUACAUAAAAUUUACCCAACAAAUGAGUUCCUAAAACGAUAUAAAAAUGACCUUUCAGAAUCCUGUACACUUUGUAAAAAGGAUACUGAAACUGUCUUACAUCUUUUCUUUGAAUGCUUGUAUGUGAAGUUUUUUUGGAUUGAUGUGGAAUAUUUAUUUAAUAUGUUGAGUGGAAUUAAAAUGUACAUAGAGAAAAAGGAUGUUUUUUUUUAUUAUGACAAAAAAGAGACAGAUAAAAAUCACAGUUUUGUGUUAAAUCUUAUUUUAUUACUUGGUAAGUUUUACGUACAUAAAUGUAAAUGGUCUGAAAGGAUACCCAACAUCUACCAUUUUAAGGCUGACAUGAAGAUUUACUUUGAAACACUGAAAGGACUUUCAAACCGCAAAGCAAUAAGAACUAUGGACAUUAUCAAAUAAUUACAUUUCUCUUCUUUAUUUUAAUUAUAUAUGUACACCCCUUUUUCGUUAUGUUUUUGUAUAUGUUUGUGUUCUUUUUUUGUUUUUUGUUUUUGUCUUAUGAUGCUUUGUAAUCAUUUAGAAUAUUAUUUGUUAAAUAUUUGUAUUCAUUGUACUACUUGAUGUAUAAUUUUGAAAAAAAAAAAAAAAAAAAAAAGGACAGUUUGUAGGCUACAGUAGUCCUAACAACAACAUGUUCUGUGCAAAACAGCUUUAAUGUGCAACAGGUAAAUGCAGGCUUAAACACUUCUCAUCUAAGUGUGAUGCAAUAGCUGCUAAAAUUAGUGCAACUGAAAUCAGGAUGUUAAAAUAACCAGCCAGAAUGUUUCAUGAUUAUGCCUAGCUAUCUUGCAAUCACUAUUUCUUGUAGAAAUACAACCUCAGCUUGAAAAUGGUGCUACUGUAUAAAAAAAAUUUGUAUUUACAGUGCUGUGAAAAGUAUAAAUUACAAGAAUAUACAAAAUG